UGGGCUAACCAUUGGACCAAGAAGAGUAAAAUUUUCUAGUGACCAUCACUCAUAUAAAUAGAUGAUCCGUGACAGUAACUCAUAUUCAUCAUCAUCAACAUUGCAUAACACACACUAAACUAAACCCUAAUAAAAAGAUGGCGAAUCUCUCCAGUAUUCAUAUUCUCUUCUUUGCGUUCAUCACAAGCGGCGUUGCUGUUUCCGCCACCGUCUUCACUUUGGAAAACAGUUGCCCUUACAUCGUGUGGCCGGGAAUCCUCUCCGGCAACGCCAACACCCUCGGCGAAGGCGGGUUUCCCUUGACUCCCGGCGCUUCCGUAGAGCUCAACGCUCCUCCGGGAUGGUCAGGACGCUUCUGGGCUCGUACCGGCUGCAACUUCGACUCCUCCGGCCACGGCACCUGCGUCACCGGAGACUGCGGCGGCGCUUUAAAAUGCACAGGCAACGGAGUUCCUCCAGCCACUCUGGCCGAGUUCACCGUCGGUUCAAGCAACUCCGGCAUGGAUUUCUACGACGUGAGCCUCGUCGACGGUUACAACGUCAAGAUGGGGAUUAGACCGCAAGGAGGAUCCGGAGAUUGUCGUUACGCGGGCUGCGUCUCCGACAUCAACGAGAUCUGUCCUAGCGAGCUUCGGAUCAUGGACCCGCUGAACGGUGGUAUCGUGGCUGCGUGCAAGAGCGCAUGCGCCGCGUUUAACUCACCGGAGUUUUGUUGUACUGGAGCUCACGCGACGCCGCAAACUUGUUCUCCGACGCAGUACUCGGCGAUGUUCAAGAACGCUUGCCCUACCGCUUAUAGCUACGCCUAUGACGACGCGACAAGUACCUUCACUUGUAAUGGAGCUAACUACGUGAUCACUUUCUGCCCGGCCCGUUCUUAAAAAAAUCAGAGCUCCGGUUUAGAGUCUGGUCGGGUUUCUCUUGCUUGUUACGCACGGAAAGAUGAAUAUCUUAUUCUGUUUUUAAAGAUCCUUAAGUAUUCAGUUGUUACACUAAUUGCAAUAAUAUAAAGGAACUUACAGAUUUAAAAGAUUUAUGUGAUCCAUUUUUCAUGUUUAAUUAGCUCUUUAAGCUAUAAUAAACUAGUAAUUAUAUUU